CUCCUAAAUCGCCGCGCUUUGGAGGGAUACGAGAAAUAUCUUGGAUCGGACCACCCUAAUACUUUGAUCGCUGUCAACAACCUGGCUCUGGUGCUGCGGGAGCAAGGGAGGUAUGAUGAAUCUGAGGUGAUGAAUCGCCGCGCAUUGCAGGGGUACGAAGAAUGUUUUGGGUCGGACCAUCCUAAUACUUUGAUGGCUGUCAACAACCUGGCUUUGAUGCUGCGGGAGCAAGGGAGGUAUGAAGAAUCGGAGACGAUGAAUCGCCGCGCAUUGGAG